AUGACUAUUGUUCUCUACGACGUACCAUCUACCUUUCCUGGACGGGCAUGGAAUUUUAACGCAUGGAAGACCAGACUCAGUCUUAACUUCAAACGAAUUCCCUACACGACUCAGUGGGUCGAAUUUCCUGACAUCGAGCCCCUCUACAAGAAAUUGGGCAUACCCCCUUCAAAGAACAAGGCUGACGGCACUCCCUUCUAUACUAUCCCAGCGAUACACGACCCCUCAACCGGUGCUUACAUUACAGAUUCUAUUCUCAUCGCCGAAUAUCUCGAUAAGACAUAUCCCGACUCACCCCGCAUCAUUCCAGAUGGAACCUUGGGAGUUCAGUCAGCAUUCAACGACGGGGUUUUCUACAACCUGAAAACACUUAUUCCUGUCGUGUUUCCUGUUUUCAUCACCAAACUCAGCCCCCGAAGUGCAGACUACAUGCUAGCCACUCUAGGACGCGGGCUUUUGGAUGGACCAGGAUCCGAUGCAUUUGAGCAAUGGAACACUCUUCUAUUCGGGCUUCAACAGGUCGAUGGCUGGUUUUUGCGCAAUGGAGGAAAGGGUCUGUAUCUACUUGGUAAUGUCCCAUCUUGGGCAGAUAUCGUGGUAGCGAGCUUGUUCCUUUGCCUCAGGCUUACGUUUGGAGAGAAUAGUACUCAGUGGAAGCAGUUGAUGGCGAUUAACGACGGUCGAUGGAAAGGCCGAAUUGAUGUCUACCGUGCUUGGGAAAAUUCCCCUUAA